CCGUGUGUGUGUGUCCGUGUGUGUGUGUGUGUGCCCGUGUGUGUCCGUGUGUCGCGACGAGUGUCGGCGUGAGUUGGACAACGGCGUCACGCCUCGUCCGAGUGUUGUCUGCACGGUUCCCGGGCCCGAGAUUCGUCUUCUGCAUGUGCGCGGCUCUCGUUCCAGCGUCUCCCCGGUAUCAACAUUGGACGCUGGUCUCACACCAGAGGCUGUUUGUGGCGUGGGCAGGGGGCGAUGCUGCCGACUCGUUGUUGGUCGCUGCUGGGUGGUGGUGCCAGCAGCAGCACCAGCAGCUGCCGCUCCGCAUUCUUGCAGGCGACCGGGCAGUCCCGAGCCAUGGCCAGACCCAGCUCAGACAUGAGUAGAUUCCGGGAGGUGCUGAGCCGCGCUCGUCACGUGGUGGUGCUCACGGGUGCCGGCGUGAGUGCCGAGAGCGGUGUGCCCACCUUCCGCGGCACCGGCGGAUACUGGCGCACCUGGCAGUCGCAGGACCUGGCGACGGCCGCCGCGUUCCAGGCGUCGCCGUCGCGCGUCUGGGAGUUCUACCACUACCGGCGCGAGGCCGUGCUGCGCGCCGAGCCCAACGCGGCGCACACGGCGCUCGCGCGGUGCCAGCGCCGCUUCGCCGGGCAGGGCCGCAAGCUCACCCUCGUCACGCAGAACGUGGACGAGCUGCACCGCCGCGCCGGCUCCGAGCACGUGCACGAGCUGCACGGGAGCCUGUUUAAGACGCGCUGCACAAGCUGUGGACACGUGGAGAGCAACUACAACAGCCCCAUCACCCCGGCCCUGCAGGGCAAGGGUGCCCCAGACCCGAACACUCCGGACGCUGCCAUCCCUGAGGAGUUGCUGCCCAGGUGCGUGCAGGGCGGCUGUGGGGGGCUGCUGCGCCCGCACGUGGUGUGGUUUGGCGAGAGCCUGGACUCGGGCGUGAUGGACCGGGUCUACGCCGAACUCGACUCCUGUGAUCUCUGCAUCGUGGCGGGCACCUCGUCCGUCGUCUACCCGGCCGCUAUGUUUGCGCCGCAGGUCGCUGGGCGCGGGGUCCCCGUGGCGGAGUUCAACAUCGAGACGACGCCCGUGACCCAGGGCUUCGGGUUCCACUUCGAGGGGCCGUGUGGGCAGACGCUGCCCACUGCCCUGGCUCCGCACAAGAACGAGCUUGAGGCAGAGGGGGGGGACGGUGGUGGUGGGCAGUGAGGGGCAGCGCCUCGCACUUUAUUUUUUUACAGCGUCGACAACAUCGACCGUGCCCAUCGCCGGCUAUGUCACCACCCGUCUGACCUCCCCUCGCCAUCGCAUCAGCCCCAUCGCCACCGCUGGCACAAUCACACGCACCCCGAGUGCCCCCCCCCCCUUCCCCCCCCCCCCCCCCCCGUGUCGUCAGACCAUCAUGCCCGGGUCUCGUCUGUUGUCUCGUGAAAAAAAAUGUAUCCGCGUGGUCAGAAUUUCGUCAACUUCGCAGUUGCAAAUUAUAAUCGCCAACAACAUCUUGGAAACAAUAGGUGUCAUUUUCGAAGUUAAUUAUCCGCUGUGUUCCCACUGCGUCGCGCUGCGUGCAUCUCCGGCGUGCUCUUCGGGCUGCGCCGCUCGCGCGUUGCUCGGGCGACGUCCGACGUUUCGAGCCGCGUAACGUCAAAAUGGGACCUUUUUGCCAGUAUCAAAGUAUGACAAAAAUAAGAAGUAGGUUUUUACCCUUUCUGGCAAUAAAAUAGAAUGCGUUAAGAUGUUCAAACACCAAAUGCAGUGGUAACCUCGGAGAUCGAACUUAAUUCGUUCCAAAACCGUGUUCGAACACGGUUUUGUUCGAACACCGAAUCAGUUUUCCCCAUAAGAAUGAAUGGAAAUGGCAUUAAUUGGUUCCCCACCCAAGGAUGCUCCUAUUAUGGGCCAUUUUUACACAAAGAUUACAGUAUUAAAAUACAGUAGAGUA